AUGCGUUUCACGUCGCUCGUCACCCUGCUUCCUGCCCUGGCCAUGGCCCAGGAGCAGGCUCCUCUCGCUGAUCGCGUGCAGGGCUGGUUCAACCAGGUCAAGUCCUUCGUGCCGACAGCAGUCCCAGUUGCCCCUGUCGAGAAGCUGGCGGAGAAGGUCACCGAGAAGAACGUCACUCCAGUGACAAUGGAAAACUGGCAGUCCAUCCUCUCCCCGGGCCCUGAGCCGGAGAACUGGUUUAUCUACACCACCGGUGGUAACAAGACCUGCUUCGGUCGCUGCGGAACCGCAGACCAGGCAUUCAAGGAAUCCGUCCUUCUGUUCUCUGCCGAUCCUACCUCUCCUAACCUCGGAUUGUUGGACUGCGAAGCCAACCAGGUCCUGUGCGCCGCCUGGUCUGCCAGCGCUCCCUCCGUCAUGUACUACCAGGUCCCCAAGGAGCAGCCCGCCGGCGAGGAGCGUGCCCCUACUCCUCUUCACAACCUGUACUUGAACAGCACUACAGUCACCGCCGAUACCAUCUACAACCUUCACGCCGAGAAGAACUACGAGAAGUUCCCCGCUUACGAGGGCGCUCUCCACCCCAUCGACGGCUGGGUCGCCAAGUACCAGCUCAGCAUCCCCAUGGGUUACGUGAUCUGGGGUCUCGGUGCUGUUCCCAGCUGGUUGUUCAUGAUUGGUAUCAGUUUCUUCAGCCGUACCAUGAUGGGCCGUCGCAUGGGUCCUACUGGAAAUGCCCCUCGUGCUGCUCCUGCUGGUGGCGCAAACUAA